GUAUAAUAUGUUUGUUGUAUAAUAUGUUUGUUGUAUAAUAUGUUUGUUGUAUAAUACGUGUGAAGCAUCCUGUUAAAGGGUUAUGAGUUGUCCCUGAAAAGUGUCUCUCGUUUUGUAUGUUUGUUGUAUAUGUUUGUUAUGUAUGUGUAAAGCAUCCUGUUAUAAUGUUAUGAGUUGUCCGUAAAAGUGUAUCUUGUUUUGUAUAUGUUUGUUGUAUACCUGUGAAGCAUCCUGUUAAAGUACAAUACAGUUAUAGGUCAGUUUGGCUGUAUCAAAUAUUUUUUUCCUAUAACCGAUGUUUAGGUUUGGGAUUUAUUAUCUUUCUGUGGCUUGUGUUAGCCCAUAUUUUGGGGCAAUUUGGAAGCCCUUCCUUGGACUACAGCCACAUUUGUGAGGCCGAGGAUGUAUUUCAAGGCUAUAUGAAGAAUGUUCAGUUUUGUUUGGGGGGAGGGGGGGGGGUUGUUUUUGUGCUAAUAUUGUGUUAGCGUAUAGCAACCUUGGCUUGCCUUUGAAAUCAAAUUUUUGUCCUAGUUAUAAGUGAUAGUAGCAUUGUAUGGGUUUCUUAUUUAUUUUAUUCAGUUCAGCGUUGUGUUUCUGUCUUUGUGAUAGUUAUAUAGUAUUAUAUUAGCCCAUUCCCACUUUCCCCAAGCCUAGUUCUUGCAUUCAUCUAGUAUAAUAUACUUGAAGUUGUAACCAAAUUUUCACUAUGAAUAUUAGUCAAAAAUUGUCAUAUUUAUGUAUUACUUAUUUGAUAAUUCUUUUUUAAAUCCUUUUUCUCGCCAUUCCCCAGAGAGAGGUGAUGAUGGAGGAGGAGGUGGACGAGGAAAUGUCUCUUGAGACCACGCCCGAAUACCACACUUGUAUCUGCCGUGGAGCCACGGUUUGGCACGACACAGGCAUUGUCGCAUACACCAGCCCCAUCGCGUCGACUCCAGUGGCUCAGUUUGUCAGCGCCCAACCUCUCACACCCGAGUGCAACUCCUUCUCCUUUGAGAUUAUCAAUUUUGGCAAAAGUGGGUACAUCGCCAUCGGGGUUUGCCCCAGGAGGUACGCUCCAAACCGUCAGCCCGGAUGGGACCCGUCCUCUGUGGGCUAUCAUGCUGAUGAUGGCGGAAUCUACAUAGGCAGUGGCUGGGCUAACAAGAGGCUGGAGAAGUGUAAGAAAGGCGACAUCAUGAAGGUCCAGCUUGACUUCCAGAAAAUGACCCUCUCUUUCUGGAGAAAUGGUAAUCAGGUGAGCUCCAUUUUCAAAAAAUCAAAAGUAACUGCUUUUUGUCUCCGGCAAGCAGCUCGUGGUCAGAACUGAUGUGCUGGAAUGCGGCCCAGGCACAUUCCUUUUGACAACUUCAACAUCAAAUCACUUUUCGGCAAUUGUCGAAAACAAGUCUCUUUUACCGGGAGAUCAUUUGUUAGAUGAAAAACUAUCGGAGUAGAUUCACAUUUUUUAAUUUAACAACCAGUUUAGUGACAUAUGUGUCUAUUUUUUAUUUCAUACCAAAAUAGUGUCCCAGCAUAGU